AUGGGUAAAGGAGGGGAAGACUAUGGUAAAAGAGAAAAAAUCGGUACCGAAUCUCAAAACCAAGGCAAUGUCUUCCCUGCAUGGGCUAAGGAUGUUAAGGAAUGUGAGAAGAAGUAUGAAGUAAAUCGUGAAUUUGGGUUAUCAACUGGGGAUGUUGAGAAGAGGCUAAAGAUCUAUGGCUACAAUGAAUUAGAGAAACAUGAGGGUGUUUCAAUUUUUAAACUGAUAUUGGAUCAAUUUAAUGACACGCUAGUUAGGAUUUUGUUAGCUGCUGCGAUUAUAUCUUUUGUCUUGGCUUGGUAUGAUGGUGAAGAAGGAGGGGAGAUGGAGAUUACUGCCUUUGUGGAGCCGUUGGUGAUUUUCUUGAUCUUGAUUGUCAAUGCCAUUGUUGGGGUUUGGCAGGAAAGUAAUGCAGAGAAAGCAUUGGAGGCUUUGAAGGAAAUCCAAUCGGAGCACGCCACUGUUAUAAGAGAUGGAAAGAAGUUCUCCAGCUUACCUGCAAAGGAACUUGUUCCAGGGGAUAUUGUGGAGCUGAGAGUGGGUGAUAAGGUGCCUGCUGAUAUGAGGGUUUUGAAUUUGAUUAGCUCCACGCUUAGGGUUGAGCAAGGUUCUUUGACAGGAGAGAGUGAGGCGGUGAACAAGACUGUUAAGGCUGUUGCAGAAAAUACCGAUAUUCAAGGGAAAAAAUGUAUGGUUUUUGCAGGAACAACAGUAGUGAAUGGGAACUGUAUAUGCUUAGUUACAGAGACGGGAAUGAAUACUGAGAUUGGGAAGGUGCAUUCCCAGAUUCAUGAAGCUUCACAGAAUGAGGAAGAUACCCCAUUGAAGAAGAAAUUAAAUGAGUUCGGAGAAGUUCUAACCAUGUUAAUCGGAAUUAUUUGUGCCUUGGUUUGGCUUAUUAAUGUGAAGUACUUUCUCACUUGGGAAUAUGUAGAUGGUUGGCCAAAGAAUUUUAAAUUCUCAUUUGAGAAGUGCACGUAUUACUUUGAGAUUGCUGUCGCUUUGGCAGUGGCUGCUAUACCAGAAGGGUUGCCAGCAGUCAUCACUACAUGUUUGGCACUUGGAACUCGAAAGAUGGCUCAAAAGAAUGCACUUGUUAGAAAGUUGCCUAGUGUUGAGACUCUUGGUUGCACGACUGUCAUCUGUUCUGAUAAAACUGGUACUCUAACUACCAAUCAGAUGGCUGUAUCAAAGCUUGUGGCUAUGGGGUCUAGGGUUGGCACUCUUCGAUCCUUCAAUGUGGAAGGGACUACUUAUAGCCCUUCUGAUGGAAAAAUAGAAGAUUGGCCAGUGGGUCGACUGGAUUAUAACCUUCAGAUGAUUGCUAAGAUUGCGGCAGUUUGCAAUGAUGCUGGCGUGGAGCAAUCUGGGAAUCAUUAUGUCGCUGGUGGACUGCCUACAGAGGCUGCAUUAAAGGUUAUGGUUGAAAAAAUGGGAUUUCCUGGAGGGCUCAAUAAUGAAUCAUCUUCUGGUCAUGAGGAUGUUCUAGCUUGCUGUCGACUAUGGAAUAAAAUGGAACAGCGGAUUGCAACCCUUGAGUUUGACCGUGAUAGAAAAUCCAUGGGGGUUAUUGUGAAUUCCAGCUCUGGCAAAAAAUCACUACUAGUGAAGGGCGCGGUAGAAAACGUAUUGGAUAGAAGCACAUCUAUUCAGUUGCUUGAUGGCUCUGUUGUAGCAUUGGAUCAGUAUUCGAAGGAUCUUAUAUUACAAAGCCUUCAUGAAAUGUCAACAAAUGCAUUACGUUGUCUAGGUUUCGCAUACAAAGAGGACCUUUCAGAGUUUGCAACAUAUAGUGGCGAUGAAGACCACCCAGCUCAUCAGCUUUUACUCGAGCCUCGUAAUUAUCCUUCAAUUGAGAGCAAUCUCACUUUUGUUGGCUUAGCUGGGCUCUGGGAUCCUCCUCGGAAAGAAGUUCGUCAAGCCAUUGAGGACUGCAAAGCAGCUGGAAUCCGUGUUAUGGUCAUUACAGGAGACCACAAGAAUACAGCAGAAGCCAUUUGUCGUGAAAUAGGUGUAUUUGGACCUGAUGAUGAUAUCAGUUCUAAAAGCUUGACUGGCAGAGAUUUUAUGGACCAUCAUGAUCAGAAAACUCAUUUAAGACAAAGUGGAGGGCUGUUGUUCUCCAGGGCUGAACCAAGGCAUAAGCAAGAAAUUGUAAGGCUGCUUAAAGAGGAUGGUGAAGUUGUUGCUAUGACUGGAGAUGGAGUAAAUGAUGCACCUGCCUUAAAGUUGGCUGAUAUUGGCAUUGCAAUGGGCAUUGCUGGGACAGAGGUUGCCAAGGAAGCCUCUGACAUGGUGUUAGCAGAUGAUAAUUUUAGCACUAUUGUUGCUGCUGUUGGUGAAGGCAGGUCCAUUUAUAACAACAUGAAGGCUUUUAUCAGGUACAUGAUCUCCUCAAAUAUUGGUGAGGUUGCCUCUAUAUUUUUUACUGCUGCUUUGGGUAUUCCAGAGGGAAUGAUCCCUGUCCAGCUUCUUUGGGUUAAUCUGGUCACUGAUGGACCCCCAGCAACAGCAUUAGGAUUCAAUCCACCAGAUGGAGAUGUAAUGAAAAAGCCUCCUAGAAAGAGUGAUGACUCCUUAAUUAGUGUUUGGAUUCUAUUUCGCUACCUGGUGAUUGGACUCUAUGUUGGGAUCGCAACAGUUGGUGUAUUUAUCAUAUGGUACACACAUCACACAUUCAUGGGUAUUGACCUUAGUGGAGAUGGCCAUAGUCUUGUCACCUACUCUCAGCUCGCUAACUGGGGUCAGUGUGGAUCUUGGAAGGAUUUUUCUGUGUCACCAUUCACAGCUGGGCCUCAAGUGUUCAACUUUGAUGCAAAUCCAUGUGAAUACUUCCGAUCUGGCAAAAUCAAGGCCUCGACUCUCUCUCUUUCCGUAUUGGUUGCCAUAGAGAUGUUCAAUUCCCUCAAUGCCCUAUCUGAGGACUGCAGCCUCGUGAGGAUGCCCCCAUGGGUCAAUCCGUGGCUCCUUCUAGCCAUGUCUAUUUCAUUUGCUUUGCACUUUCUGAUCCUCUACGUACCUUUCCUAGCUCAAGUAUUUGGGAUCGUUCCGCUCAGCCUGAAUGAAUGGCUUUUGGUAUUGGCUGUGGCUUUGCCAGUUAUUCUAAUUGACGAGGUUCUCAAGUUUGUUGGGAGGUGUACAAGCGGGCUGCGACAUUCUGGUUCAAGGAGACCUUCAAAACACAAGGCAGAGUGA